AUGUCUUUCCCAGGAGAAGAAGUUGACAGACAGCUGUGCAGAGACGCCAUCUUCCCCAUCCCUGUUGCCUGCGAUGCCCCGUGCCCCAAGGACUGUGUGCUCAGCACGUGGUCUGCAUGGUCGUCCUGCUCCCACACCUGCUCGGGGAAAACCACAGAAGGGAAACAGAUACGAGCACGGUCCAUCCUGGCCUAUGCAGGAGAGGAAGGUGGAGCUCAGUGUCCAAAUAGCAGUGCUUUGCAAGAGGUGCGCAGCUGUAACGAGCAUCCCUGUACUGUGUACCACUGGCAAACUGGUCCCUGGGGCCAGUGCAUCGAGGACACCUCAGUUUCAUCCUUCAACACAACUACAACUUGGAACGGGGAGGCCUCUUGCUCUGUUGGCAUGCAGACAAGAAAAGUCAUCUGUGUGCGGGUCAAUGUUGGCCAAGUGGGACCCAAAAAGUGUCCUGAAAGCCUUCGACCUGAAACAGUGAAGCCCUGUCUGCUUCCUUGUAGGAAGGACUGUAUCGUGACGCCAUACAGUGACUGGACAUCAUGCCCUUCCUCAUGUAAAGAAGGGGACUCCGGAAUCAGGAAGCAGACUCGGCACCGGGUCAUCAUUCAGCUGCCAGCCAAUGGAGGCAAGGACUGCACGGAUCCUCUCUAUGAAGAGAAGGCCUGCGAGGCCCCUCAGGUGUGCCAAAGCUACAGGUGGAAGACUCACAAAUGGCGCAGGUGCCAGUUAGUCCCUUGGAGCGUGCAACAGGACAGCCCUGGAGCACAGGAGGGCUGUGGGCCCGGACGGCAGGCAAGAGCCAUUACUUGUCGAAAGCAAGAUGGUGGACAGGCUGGUAUCCAUGAGUGUCUCCGGUAUGCAGGCCCCGUGCCAGCCCUCACCCAAGCCUGCCAGAUUCCUUGCCAAGAUGACUGUCAGUUUACCAGCUGGUCCAAGUUUUCUUCUUGCAGUGGAGACUGUGGUGCAGUUAGGACCAGAAAGCGCACCAUUGUUGGAAAAAGUAAAAAGAAGGAAAAAUGUAAAAAUUCUCAUUUGUACCCCCUGAUUGAGACGCAGUAUUGUCCCUGUGACAAGUAUAAUGCACAGCCUGUGGGGAACUGGUCAGACUGCAUUUUGCCAGAGGGGAAAGUGGAAGUGUUGCUGGGAAUGAAGGUACAAGGAGACAUCAAGGAAUGUGGUCAAGGAUAUCGUUACCAAGCAAUGGCAUGCUACGAUCAAAAUGGCAGGCUCGUGGAGACAUCCAGAUGUAACAGCCACGGUUACAUUGAAGAGGCCUGCAUCAUCCCCUGCCCCUCAGACUGCAAGCUCAGUGAGUGGUCCAAUUGGUCACGCUGCAGCAAGUCCUGUGGGAGUGGCGUGAAGGUUCGGUCUAAAUGGCUGCGUGAAAAACCCUAUAAUGGAGGAAGACCAUGCCCGAAACUGGACCAUGUCAACCAGGCCCAGGUGUAUGAGGUCGUCCCUUGCCACAGUGACUGCAGCCAGUACGUAUGGGUUACAGAGCCAUGGAGCAUCUGCAAGGUGACCUUUGUGAACAUGCGGGACAACUGUGGAGAGGGCGUGCAAACCCGAAAAGUGAGAUGCAUGCAGAACACGGCGGAUGGCCCUUCUGACCAUGUAGAGGAUUACCUCUGUGACCCAGAAGAGAUGCCUCUGGGCUCUAGAGAGUGCAAAUUACCAUGUCCCGAGGAUUGUGUGAUAACUGAAUGGGGUCCGUGGACCCGAUGCACUUUGCCUUGCAAUCAAAACAGUUUCCGGCAAAGGUCAGCUGAUCCCAUCAGACAACCUGCUGAUGAAGGAAGAGCCUGCCCUGAUGCUGUUGAGAAGGAACCCUGUAACCUGAACAAAAACUGCUUCCACUAUGAUUAUAAUGUAACAGACUGGAGUACGUGCCAGCUGAGUGAGAAGGCAGUUUGUGGAAAUGGCAUGAAAACGAGGAUGCUGGAUUGUGUUCGAAGUGAUGGCAAGUCGGUUAACCUGAAAUAUUGUGAAGAGCUCGGCCUGGAGAAGAACUGGCAGAUGAACACGUCCUGCAUGGUGGAAUGUCCUGUGAACUGUCAGCUUUCUGACUGGUCUCCUUGGUCAGAAUGUUCUCAAACAUGUGGCCUCACAGGAAAAAUGAUCCGAAGAAGAACAGUAACCCAGCCCUUUCAGGGUGAUGGAAGACCAUGCCCUGCCCUGAUGGAACAGUCUAAGCCUUGCCCAGUGAAGCCCUGUUAUCGGUGGCAAUACAGCCAGUGGUCUGCAUGCCAAGUGCAGGAUGCCCAGUGUGGCGAAGGGACCAGAACAAGGAAUAUUUCUUGUGUAGUGAGUGAUGGGUCAGCUGAUGAUUUCAGCAAGGUAGUGGAUGAAGAAUUCUGUACUGAUAUCGAACCCAUUAUAGAUGGUAAUAAAAAAGUGGUUCUUGAGGAAACCUGCACCCAGCCUUGCCCAGGUGACUGUUAUUUGAAGGAGUGGUCUUCCUGGAGCAUGUGUCAGCUGACCUGUGUGAAUGGUGAGGACCUAGGUUUUGGUGGAAUACAGGUCCGUUCCAGAGCAGUGAUUAUACAAGAGCUAGAGAAUCAACAUCUGUGCCCAGAGCAGACGUUAGAAACAAAAUCAUGUGAUGAUGGACAGUGUUACGAGUAUAAAUGGAUGGCUAGUGCUUGGAAGGGCUCUUCCCGAACAGUCUGGUGUCAGAGAUCAGAUGGUAUAAAUGUAACAGAUGGGAGACUAAAGACCUGGGUUUAUGGUGUAGCAGCUGGGGCAUUUGUGUUACUCAUCUUCAUUGUCUCCAUGAUAUAUCUAGCUUGCAAAAAGCCAAAGAAACCCCAAAGAAGGCAAAACAACCGACUGAAACCUUUAACCUUAGCCUACGAUGGAGAUGCAGACAUGUAAACGUAACUUAUCCUGCAACAACCAGUCUCAGCUUUCUACCUUUGCUGUAGAUAUCCAGAGGUCACAAAGCUAUUCAAACUGUAUGGAUUAAAAUACAUUGUAACUUCUUAAAAGAUCAUCAUUAAGAGUGAAAAAUCACAGUGUCACUGGAGAUAUCAAGACAGUACCACUUACAUAGAAACCAUCAGCCUUGAGAAUUCUAGGAGAUAUAGUUGAAUACAUGCUGCAUUCUGAGAGUUUCAUGUGAUCUUUCUGAAAUCUACCAACUGAUAAUUCACUUUCAUCUCUAAAAAUACGGUGGUGGGAUUGGCCAGUUAGGAUGCCUGAUGCAAGCCUCUGUCUGCAGUUAACCAUAGUAACAUUUUCGCAUGAAGAGUUUAUACCAAGAUCUCUACACUACUAUAGUCAAACAUAACAACAUGUAUACUCAAUUGAUGAUACACAUUAUGUCAGAUUAUGUACUUGUUAAUAAGCAAUUUUAACGGUGAAUAAAGAUAAACUCUAAACUGAGCAGAAAACCCACUGAAUAAAUUCAGCAUCCUGGUGAUUGAUGAUAGUUUCAUUGACCUGCAUUUCAGAGGCAAAGACCCUUUUAUAAGACUUAAUUCUUGUCUCUCUCCAAACUACAAAUGCUGGACAGGUACUAGUACCUUAGAAGAGUCCUCAAGUUCAGUAUUUUAUAGUGGUUAUUGUCUGGAAAACUAAUUUGCUUGUGUUAAUACAGUAUGUUUCUACUUUCUCUAAUUUUCAAACUGGUUGCCUGCAUCUUUUUUGCUAUAUGGAAGGCACAUUUUUGCACUAUAUUAGUGCAGCAUGAUAGGCACUUAACCAGUAUUGCCAUAGAAACUGCCUCUUUUCAUAUGGGAUGAAGACAUCUGUGCUCAGAGUGUCAAGGAGACAUUUACAAGUUCUUGUGUCCUAAAGAGAGUAAAGUUCAGUUGGGAUGGCGACAGAAUGGAAUUAGCUAUUACAUCUGCUGCACACUUCCUCAUCACUGCAGCCAUUGUGAAAUCAACAACAUGGCGGUAAUUUAAGUGUUUAAAUCCCGAACUCACUAACCCUCCAAAAGAUGGAUCCCUCUAGUUGGUUUUUAAUUGUACUUUGAAGGCUGUUUAUGACUAGAUUUUUAUACUUGUUAUCUUUGUUAAAAAAA